AUGAGCAGCCCUUCGACACCUGCUGUCAAUGGUCCGACCCUCGUCCAUGUGGCCGUUCAGUCCGAGGCGACACAGUCCGAGGAGGACCCGACAGAGUUUGCAGCACGCUAUCAUGCGGCAAGGCGGUCAAAUCUUCCGGAGGCGUCUCCCAUGCCUUUGACUCCUCCCACGCCGCUUUUCACGCACAACACGCCGGUGAACGGCUUUCGCAUCCCGGUGCCAACCGACAUGUCAUCGAACUCACCGGCGGUCAACGAGGGCACCCUGAUAUCCUUCGGAGUUCCCUUGGAAGACAGCGCUGCAAAGCGGAUCACCAUCCGCGUCAUUCUCCUUGCGGCUGCGACAUGCGCGGUCUCCAUCGUCCACUUCAUCCUCAACCUGCUGAGGGGCAAUUACGACAGUCCUGAGGGAGGCGACAGCAAUUCGGGAGUUUGGAGCCAGCUGUCCGCGCUGCUUAUCGAGCUCAGCAUUCCCGUUUCCGGCUACAUGGGAGCCCUGUAUCACAACCGGCAGCUGACCUGCUGCUACUGCAGCUGCAACCUUUUCCUGGCCGUCAUUUCCGUGAUGAGUUUCGCACGCUUCCAGAUACGACUCCUGGAAGUCAACGGGCAGUGCUAUCUGGAAACAGAUCCGAGCCAGAGGAGCCUCUGUCUCUUGUGGCAAGAGAACUCCUUCGACAAGUGGGUGUUUCUCUUCAAUAUCCUCAUGACAUCGGGUAUGGCCUGCUGUGCAUUCUUUGCAGGGAACCUUCUGUACCACAAGCUCGCUCAGGAAGGGGAAUUUCCUGACUUGUCCACUGCGCCGGUGGUUGGUGAGGUGGUCCAGCUGAGUGCGGCUUUCACAAGCACCAGCCCUUCUCAACCGCACGGGUCUAACAACCAGGUUCGCAUGGUCACGUAUUUUGCGGUGGACUCUCACUACCGCGCCCCGGCCCGUGAGGAUCUCACGAAUAAGGUUGUUUUCGUUGCGAUAAGCGGCCAACCUAGAAUAGGUGGAUUGGCGUCUCUGAACCCAGAUGUUGCCUCGCCCUCUGCCCUGGAACAGGGGCUAGAUCCUGAAUGGACCGAUAGUGGGCAAGCAAAAGAGGAAGGUCCCCACCAAAGCGGGCGCGACAUUGAAGCUCCAAACUAG